GUAACUCGUAUGGAAGGAAGUGGCGCGCUGUAUCCCGCAUUUGUUACAACAAAAUGCACAUGCAAGUUCGCUACUACGCCUACAUCUUGGUUGCCUCACUUCCUACUGUAGCCGUAGCCUUCACGCAACAAAACGAGGGACGCAUCGUGUAUCCAGAGCUAUUUCGAAGCCGAGAAGGCGAUGGUGGUCGCAUCUUGAAGAUAACCGACGACAUUUUACUUAGACUUAAGAAGAGCUCUGUUUUUUCGAGAGAGGUUGUGGUGCGAACUUACACAGAUGGUAUACCCAUGCACAACUAUAUGAGCGGACCAUACCUGGAGGAUGAUCUUUACCACGACGAAGAUGCAAUGGCGUCCGUUACCGUAUCUGAUGAAAGCGGCGUCAAAGUGGAAGGUAUUGUCAACCCAAGAAUGCGUAUUGUACCACUUCAGACACAAGAACGCAGUCAAUCCGGCCGUAUCGCGCACCAACUUAUUGAAAUUCCAGAUGACUUAUCAAGUGACAAUGAAGACUACGAUUUCGCUGCCUCUAAGCACGUACUAAGCCUAACCGAAACUCAGAAGAGAAAUCAAAGUAUCCGAGUGGCAGGACGUUCAGCUGACAUUGUAUAUCCUGAACUUUUUGUAGUUGUGGACUCUGCAUUUGCUGCGGUUUUCAGCAGUACCGCCAACAUCAUUAAAUACGUAUCCAUAACUGUAAAUGCUAUGAAUCUCAAAUACUUGGGGGUUACUGAUCCUAAAGUGAAACACCGACUGGUUGGACUGGAGGUCACAACCGUUGAGCAAGAAUGGUUUCUACGAAGAGUAACUAAGGAUCCAACAUAUGUUCACGCACAGGGAACCCUUGCUUCUUUCCAAACAUACAUAACGCAAAAUCGUCAGCUCUACGAUAAAGCUGACCUUGUGUAUCUUUUAACUGGACAAGACUUGGCUACAGUAAAAAAUUACCAAGUAUCUAACCGCAGUGGUGGAUAUGCAUAUAUCAGAACUGUGUGCACUGUAAACAAAGUAGGUGUUGGAGAAGACAGACCACCAACUUUUAAGGGUGUUCAUGUGAUGGCCCAUGAAGUAGGACACAUCAUGGGUUGCCUGCACGACGGCGAAUCUUCCCCAUUUGGAAAUGAUGGCAUUCCAGGAUCAGAGAGUUGUCCUUUCGAAGCUGGUUUUCUGAUGAGCUACAUCCGAAAAGACAAAAACACGUACAAGUUUUCUUACUGCAGCAUCACACAAAUGAGGGAGACAACAUGGUUACAAACAGCGUCCUGCCUACACGAAGAAAACUACGUUCGUACAUCGCUGAAGAAGUACUAUUAUCUGCCCGGAAAAUACUUGACGAGGACAAGGCAGUGUAAGAAUGCUUUCCCAACUUUGAAGAAAGUGCACUACAUACAAAAAUAUGGAGUGAAAGACUGCACUAUAAGAUGUGGAAUUUCAAGCAAAGAUCCAGAUUCAAAACUCAAAGUUCUUCACUUGAAUGAUGGAACUAAAUGCGAAAGAAAACGUGGCACGAAGCGCAAUUGUAUCAAUGGCUUAUGCUUGGAAAAGAGAAGGUCAUAUGGAUAUGAAGCAGUACCUUAGACUGUGCUAUACUCAUGAGUGCAUGCGACGUCCGCAAAAUAAAUGGGAGUAUCUACGUUCCC